AUGCGUAGACGUGCUUAUAUUGCGGCUCAAAGUCCAUUUGAUAUGCUUACUAUACAAGAUUUUUGGCUAAUGAUAUUUCAAUAUUCAACACUUAAAUGUUGUCAAUAUUGGCCUGAAAUGCCAACACGAUCUAACACUAAUCAACCGGAUUCAAAGUCUACAAUUCAAUAUUUUGGUAAUAUCAUGGUAGAAAUAAUUAAUCGAAUUGAUUAUCCUCAUUUUACUGUAAGAUACUUUAUUGUAACUGAAUUAUCAUCGAAUAUAAGUCAACAAGUUAUACAGUAUCAAUUUUAUAGUUGGAUAACACCUGAUCAUAUUAAUAAUAUACCACCAUAUUUUACAAAUGUUGAUAAUACAGUUGAAAAUGAUCGUAAAAUUAAUUUAUUAUCUAAUAGUAAUUCAUUGAAAAAUUCACAAGAUUUAUUCUGUUAUACAUCGACUUCUGGAACAAGAUUUAAUCGAUUAAAUUUUAUAGAAUUUUACUAUCGUGUUAAAACUUCUAGUCGUCCAGAAGAUGGUCCACUACUUGUUCAUUGUUCUACAGGUUUAUCUCGUACAGGAUUGUAUAUAGCAUUUGAUUUAUUACUACAACAGGUUACACAUGAACGUGUUGUCAAUGUGGCAAAAUUUUGUUCAUCAUUAUGUAAAGCUCGUUCGAAUAUAAUUCAUUCAAUGAGACAAUUCACAUUAUUAUAUGAUUUAUUAUUUGAAGUUAUAUUAGGUGGUCAUUGUAUUGUUGACUUGGAUGUGCAUAGUACUUAUAAAAUGUUAUGUCAUAAGAAUACAAAACUUAAUCGAUCUUAUUUAUGGGAACAAUGGUCUGUGUUACAUUUAUACACACCAUUAUUUGAUACAAAUAAGGAGUUACAAGUUGCUGUGAACUCUUUAAACUUAUACAAGAACCGUUAUCCUAAAAUUAUUGAUCUACUUCCAUCUGAACGUUGGCGUGUUCGACUACAUCGUACAACAACAACAAAUAAUAAUAAUAACAAUAAUAAUGCGCAAACUUCAAAUUACAUUAAUGCUGUCUAUUUAGAUGGUGCAACUCUACAAGAUGAUAUUAUUUUAACACAAACUCCUUUAAAAAAUACAGUAGAUGAGUUUUGGUUUAUGGUUGAAGAAGAACAAGUUUCAUGUAUUAUUGAUAUGCAACCAUUUUCUUAUGGUGUUGAAGAAGCUGUUCGAUACUGGCCCUUACGUCCUGGUGAAAAUAUCUCAUAUCCCAUGUUUGAUGGCUCAUUCAAUGAAGAACAAAAUAAGACUGACAUUCAGUCAGAUUUUAGUGAAACAUCAUUUCAACGUGGACCAUGGUUAGAUUUUGCUGGUGGACAAAUACAAAUCUGUCAACUUGGUUCAUUAAUUCCUGUCCGCAUAAAUCCAGUUUCCCCGAGAAGAAAUUCUAAUCAUGAAAUUUAUAAAAGACGUUUGCUCAUUCGUCAACGCGAACCUACCCAUUUAAAACAAUACAGCUAUCAACAGUUUAGCAAUGAAAAAUCUAAACCCCGUGAAGUUUUAGUCUUUCAUUUUACCGGUGGUUGGAAUACUAAAAUGGAUGUACCUGAAUCACGUAUAGCAAUUGUUCGUUUAUUAGAAAAGGUACGCUUAGAACGUGGUACAGGUCCAUUGAUUAUUCAUUGUUUAAAUGGAGCUACUCGAAGUGGUCUGUUAGCUGUAUGUUACUUAUUGGCGGAAAAUAUGACAAGAGAUCAUUAUGUUGAUUUAUUUCAUGUUAUAAAAAUGAUUAAAAUACGUAGAAAAGCCAUUUUAGCAUCACCGGAUCAACUGCGUUUCGUGUAUCGUUUCUUAAUUCAAUGGAUUAAAUAUACAUUAGCUGAGCCAUUGGCUAAUUGGACAGUAAGACGAUCUGGAUUGUCUAUGCCAUUCUCACUAUCAGAAGCAGUAUUAAAACAACAAUGGGAAUGGUCACAACAACUUGUUGGUCAUUUACCGUCAGAUUCACGUAUUGGUAUAUUCUCACAUAGUCAAUUGCCAAUAUUAGGAGCAAAUCAUUUAGGAAGUGCUACAUUGAAUAAUGAUCAAUCAUGUAGAAUGAGUAAUCGCAGUAAUGAAUCACAAUCUACACAUACUAACGAAGAUUAUGACACAACUGAAAUACCGAUACUGUCAACAUUGUAUCAUUAUUUCAAUGAUGAAAUUUUAGGUAAUCCAAAUUUAGAUUAUCAUUUGCAAACUAAAUCAAUAAGGAACAGUUUUAAUAAUCCAUAUUGUUACUGA